AUGGGAUCAGCGCAGGCACCCUUUUCGCCCUCAUUUGCCGCCCUGGAUCCUAUUAUCAUGGACGACGACAUGGAGUCGACCUUCCGUAACGCCAACAUCGACUUUUUGGACCCCACAAAACUCGAGAUGUCAACUGAAAAUGCUGGGGGAGACUUUGACGACCUAUUCGCUCGAGCCACAACUUCCCGUCCGAAUGGCGCAUCAGGGCCUUCGAAGCCAUACCAAGACCAAAACCCCCUGAGGCAGGUGCCGACUCUUGCUGCGGACUCGCCAGCCGAAUCGCCAGAUGAUUCGGGUCGCAGUUCUUCCUCCGAAUCGCCACGGAAUCACCUGCGACAAACGUCGGUCGCUUCGACAAACUCCGCAGCGCAUAGCGACAAUCCGUUGGCUUCUACUAGUUACCCGGCGGAGGACUGGAUGCGCCCAGAAUUAUCGUCAGUCAAGGAGGAAUCACCGUUCAAUAUCGACCCCUCCUUUCCUAUGGACAGUGGUUUCUCCAUGGAUCCGGAUCUGGAGGUCAGCAACAAAGCGAUGGACGCAGCCUUCGAUUUUGAAAGCGCAGCGAGUAGUCCUAGUCCAUUGAAAACGGACAAUGGGUCACUCCCGAGACCCCAGAAGCGCUCAAAAUCCCAGCUCUGGAGUCCUUCGAGCAACCACGCUACGCUGGCGUCGGUCGAUGCUGUGCCUUCGGUCCAUGCCCCCGGGUCUCCGUUCUUCGCUUUUGGACUCAAUGGCCAAUCGCCAUACUCGACUGCAAUGCCCCAAGAUAUGGAUAGAGUGGCUCCGCAAUGGGGCGGGCACUCUCCUUCGUCACUUCUGGAAGAAAGCUUCGGAGGCAUCAACAUGAAUCGCCAAUCACCUCUCCACGCCUCGCUAUCACCCGCCAUGAACUUCGGCUCGCCCGCAUCAUACCAAUUCCCUGUCAACUUCGCUUCCUCCCCGGCCCAACCUCAAAUGAAUCCGCACUCUCUACAACCUGUUCUCACUGUGCAUCCAACUUCUCUCAAAUCUCGCGUUGAGACUCAAAUUCCGAUCCGAUUGACCCUCUCCCCGUUACCUACCGGCAUCAAGAAACUCCGUCUUCCCUCGCACACUAUCUCGAAACUCAAAUUUCUUGCUCCUCCUGCCACCGAACCUACCCGCGAUACCCUUCAAUUAUAUACAAGCCUAGUAUGCACAAGUGCCAUGCAAGACAGAGAAAAGAUCAAGCGGGCAUUUGCACGGACAAGGGGUGAUCAUUAUCAAGCAACUUCGGAUGACGAACGUCCGUUGGAUGGGGGUGAUGUGAAAAUCUGCAGCGGGUGCAUACAGCGAGAACGGAAACGUGCGUCACGGAAGAAGCAAAGGAAGCCCGAGGAAGAUGAAUUGUUUCAAAAGGAUGAAGAGAAGCGUGUCAUUGUUUUCAACACCAGCGAGAUCAAGGAAUGGACCGAACCAGCAAAAAACGCCAGCGGUGGCUACGGCGAUAGAUUAUCGGUCCCGCCAGGAUCAAUGCAAGUGGAACUGCCGAUGCGGAUUGCAUGCUAUUGCCGACACCAAAAUGAGAAGCUCGGAUUCCAGGUUAUAUUCACUGUGAAGGAUCAUUUGGACAACGUGGUCGCGCAGGCAAUCACAAAUUCGAUUAUGAUAACCGAUGACCACAAGACGCAAGCUCCAUCCGCGCCUGCGCCAACUGGCCCCUCACCAUCCCUCGCGGAUGGGACACAAGUACCGGGAGUUGGAGUGUUUCCCUCGGGCCAAAACCCCGAUAGACAAAAUUCUCUCGGUGCACCUCAGUCGCCGACUGAUCUGCAGAGUCUUCAACAAAGGUUCAACUCUCAAUAUCAGCUUACGCCCAGUUCAUUCGCGGCUCCGGGCUCAACGAAUGGAGGGAAUAUGCCUCAGGCAUCCAGGAGUCUCUCUCGAGGAGCAUCCCCAUCUGAUUUCCAAGGGCCGCAGAGCAAACGACGCAAACAUAGCAGUUCUGGAAGGCUUCCAUCGGAACUGACGAUGACAAGACUCGAGACGCCUCAGUCAUCUGGAGCGGCUAUGAACAAUGCUGCGCAACUUGCGUCUGCUCGUGGAUUCGCUUCACCAACUGAACGGCCAUUCGUAAACCCAUCCUCCAUGUCUCAAUAUGGAAAUGGCCCACCAACUCCCAACCAGAACAAUGAUAACAAUCCAUUCUUCAACCCGACUCCAGCCCAGCGACAAAGCUUGGAUACCCUGGCCGGGGGGCAGUGGCAUCAACGCCCAACUCCACCCAUCCCAGUCGUCCGGGGACACCAGGUUUGGCCUCCCCUCAACAAUACCCCCAAUCGAUUACCAUCAGUGAUCCACAAGUUGGUGCCUGCUGAGGGCUCCAUCACAGGAGGUACUGAGGUUACGUUGUUGGGCAGCGGGUUUUAUCCUGGCAUGGAGGUUGUUUUCGGUGAUACCUUGGCUACUACAACCACAUUCUGGGGUGACAAGUGCCUCAACUGCCUGACCCCUCCUGCUCUUCAACCGGGAUUGGUGUCUGUGGUUUUCAAACAUGAGCACCCUACUUUCGGGCAAGUCCAGCAGCCUCAGCCCAUCAUGCCCAAGCAGCAGCUGUUCUUCCGCUAUGUGGAUGAUCGUGAGCUUCAAAUGUAUCGCUUGGCACUGAAUAUCCUUGGUCAGAAAUUGGGCAGCCAAGCGGAUGCAUUCCACACCGCGCAACAGAUCAUGGGAAGCGAUCCAAACGCGUUCUUCAAUAUGCAAGCAGACAUGCAAAGUAACGGUAACUCCUCUGGCGGUCAGCAACGCCAAGUACCAGGUCUUGAAAACCAAGGCAAACUCGGCGAUCUCGACUCCAAGAUGCUGACCUACUUGGAAUUUAUCGACUUGGACAAUAGUCCCCGGUCAGCACGGUAUAACUCUCGCAGUGCCACCGGCCAAAGUCUUCUUCACUUUGCGGCAUCGUUGGGACUGACCAGAUUUGUUGCGGGUCUUUUGGCUCGAGGUGCAAACCCCGAUGUGCAAGACAACACGGGCAAUGCACCCAUGCAUCUGGCCGCACUUAAUGGUCAUGCUCACAUUGUUCACCGCUUGCGUCUGACGGGCGCCAAUCCCAACACUCGUAGCGUACGAGGCUUCACUGCCGCGGACCUAGCGACAACGCUCCCCGCGCACCAAGCCGCAUUGCUUCCAUCCCGCCACUACCGAUCCCGCAGUGUUGGAUCUCUCACAUCUCGCCGCCGGCAAAGCAGCUCCGCCUCUCUCAGCUCGAUGUGGGAGGUAUCUUCCGCCUCUGGGUCUCUUGGUCAUGAUGUUGAUGACUCUGAGGAUCUGGAUGACUCGGAGGAAACUAGCGAUGAUUCUGACUCGGAGCCUCUUCAGUUCAGCUCUUCUCGUCGGUCUAGUAUGCAUCAAGAUAUCGGUCCGCAAAUUAUGGACAAUAGCGAACAAACUAUCGCACCCGGGGAUGCUCAGGGCUUUGCCCCGCCAGCACCUCUUGUCGCGUGGCGUGACCAGCUGGCUCUUCAAAUCAACCAAUUCCAGCAGAGCGUGGCUAAUGCCUUCCCCAAUCUUCCGGCCCUUCCUCCAAUGCCUCCGAUGCCUGCAAUGCCUGCGAUACCUGCGAUGCCCGCCCUCCAAGACUACCAAGGACAAGGAAUGAUGCGACGCAUAACCAACCUUGUCCCUCACCGACCUGCUGCUCGGGAUGGCUGGUGGGAUUACCUGAAGGGCACAUCCGCGCCCAAUCCCAACCAACCACCUUCGUAUGAUGAGCUGUUCCCUCACCCCGAUGCCACCGAUGAGUCCGACAUGAAGAAGUCCAGUCUGCUCCGUGCCGCAACAGAGGCAGCCAUCGACCAACACUUCGAGGCUCAGAACAGUGCUGCUGCUGCCGCUGCCGCUUCGGCUUCGGCUUCGGCUUCGGCUUCGGCUUCGGCUUCGGCUUCAGCUUCAGCGUCCCGCGCUCAAGUUGAGAAAGACGAUAUCAAAGAUAUCACAAUCGGGCGCAAUGUUAUCUCGCGCGAGCAGCAAAAACAUCUCCGAGAGCAACAGGCUCGACGAAUGAAGGGUCUCGGCAGCGACCGAAACCUAUACUUCAUCUGGAUUCCUCUUCUUAUUCUCGUUAUUUGUGCCUGGGGUCGAAACUACGUUCCUGGGAUUUGGCAAGGCGUCACGGACAGCUUUGAAUUUGUGAAAGCUCGCUAUACACAGCCGGCUGUGGAAAUGGGCAUUUAG